AUGUCUUUCGGCCUCACAACUUCCGGCACGAGGGUGGCUGCCCGCCAGCUCCUCACAGCCUCGAGAGCCUUUUCAACUUCGGCUUCUGCUCUCGAACAAGUCCCUCCAGAGUCACCACUUUACAUCCGCUUACCGACGCCACCCCAGUCCGACGAAAAGAAGCUUCCUCGUGUCAGAGGUUACCUGCCAGUGCCUCGUGAGAUCUUUCCCCGCGCCGAGGACAAACACAAGCGUACACCUGAAUAUCUGGCCAAGACCGCUCCAAAGCCACGCUUCCCGAAGAAAGCCGAAAACAAGAGUCAAGCAUGGAAGAAAACUAUGGCAGAAGCCCGUCGGAAGAAUCUUAGUCACGGUUUAAAUGAUCUUUGGCUCCGACAAGAGAGGCGCGUAAGGUUGCACAAUCAGCGUGUGAGCCACGAGUUCGACAAGAACCACGAGGCUGUCAAGGCACCCGAACGAGCGGACGACGUUCUUACCAGGAGCACGGUGUUAAGUGGUGUGCUAGAAACCAAAACAUUUGCUCACCCUCAUCGUGUUCGCCUUGCAAUUCAACGCCAAGCAAAGAAUAAAAAAAUUCUGUCAGCAAAGCGUGAGGCUCGCCAAGAUGCGUUGAUGGAGCUCUACAUCAAUGCGUCAAAAUUCAUUGUCAGCGAGGGCGAGCUCAAGGCUGAGAUUGACACCAUUUUUGCCGAAGACUUCUUCCACAAGCAAGGAUUCGAUGUUGGUCGAUAUGGCUCCGCCGAAAACACCUGGGACGUAUGGGGCAAGCCAACCUCAAUCAACGACAUGUUGGAAACCACGACUGGUGUGUCUACGAAGAUUAUGGACUUUUAUGAAACCGAGUACGAUCGCUCUGUAAAGCGACAGAAGAGAAUUGCCGAGGAGUUUACUGGUGGCAAGAUGGAGUAA